AUGAGCGACUUAGCCCCCCUCCCCGCCAAUGCCAAGUACGAUGACCAAGGCAUCUAUAUAUCGUUCAUCGUCGGCGGCGCCUUACUCGCCGUGUUGGGCGGGUGCAUGGCAUUCCUCUACUAUACCCCCAUCCUCUGGAUCAAGCGAUUCUAUCGACCGAACCACACUAUCGAGCCAACGCCGCUCACGAAUGCCGCCUCUGCGGCAGCCGUCGCAGCGGCGCAGCGCGUAGCGCGGGAGGGCUUGCUCGAUGUGUCGCCGCCACCUCCCUCACCGCUCACUGAAACCGUCUUCGCCGAGCACACGAUACAUCCACACGGCAGCAAUGGCCACUCCGUCACACGACGCAAGCGGCUUGGCAUCAGUCUGCCGUUUCUCUCCACCUUCUUUGUUCGGCCAACGUGGCAAGACUGGAUCAGUAUCGAGGAGCCGUCGCUUCGCGACCGCAAAGACAGCGCGCUCUCGCCGAUACACUACCAGACCCCCUCCUCCCCAACGCGGCAGACAAGCGAUCGCUCCUUCGUACCACUUUGGGUGCCGCCUUUCUCCGCGUAUCGGCACCGAAACAGGAGUCGCUUUGCUCGACCAGGGUCGGAGGGCGACAGCCGAGACGAGGCCUCAGCUGCGGCGGGCUCGUCAGCCUUCUCUCCCCGGGGCAAGCCCUCACCGCGGUACUACGGAGCCGUGGAAGAGUCAUGGAGCCGGCCCCGAUCACCCGACACAACAGGAUCUUUGACGACGCUACCCAAGACCGCCGUUGACCCCCUCGUCGCCGUCUACCUCUUCACCCUCAAGUUCUUCUUCUCCCUCAUGUUCCUCGGUGAAAUCUUUACCGUGUGGAUCAUGGUGAUUGCGCAGAACGACGACUACAUGGAGAGCACCCUCAUUCAGCGCGAUAUCCACGACUGCAAAAGCCAGGACAACAACCAGACGGAGUGCGAGCUGCGCAAGCCGUACUGCUACUACCGUGGUGACGGUCUCGGGUGUGGUGUAGUGGCGCUGCACGGCCUCUACGACUUGACGGUCCUGAACAUCAACCCACGCAGCUCGAGGUGGACGGGGGUGGGGAUGCUGAACCUGUGCUUCUGCGUAGUGCUUGUCGGCCUCACUCUCUUUUAUCUCAAGAAUGUGGGGAAGUAUGCCGAGGCCGUGAUGGCGAACCAAAUGCGUCACGCGCUCGGCUACCGGGUCGUGUGUGUUCGCGGGAUCGACUCCACCGACGUCCGCACUGACCACGCAUUUCGCCAGGCAUUCCUUAAGCUCUCUGUGUACUUUCCGGAUGCUUUGCCGUCCCCCUCAACGUCAAACUCGCUGUCUGCGACGGCGACAUCGAGCCCCAGCGCCGGAGCCCGCUCGCAGGGUGGCGGGGCCACGAGCAAUCCACCAGCGCCGCUCGACAACAGCGGCGACUUCGCCGAGGUGGAUGACAAUGAGGGCAGCUACACUGUGUGCGAGUGUCCAGGGCUGAACUGCCUCUUCUCCGCCACUGGCAUGCACUACUACGUCGUUCGCCGCUCCGACGCCGCCUUCACAAAGCCAGAAAACGUGGAGCAGAUUUUGAUCACGCGUGAACCGCCGCUCGGAACGCUUGAAAUCAUCGCAGAGACUGAGGCGGCCAUGGCUAACUUGCAAGAAGCCAUCGCCGACGAGAAGGCGCUGCGGCGUCGCCUGAUGCUGCGGCACCAGACACGGGCAUCUGCCACGACGCGGCGAGUCAGCAGCAGCGGCGGCGUUCGACUCUUUCCAGGGCGAGCGUCAAAUGUGGUGGUGAGCAGCGAUGAUGUUGUCCUCAGCGAGGUGGCAGCUGCGCACGGCAACCACGCUGACAACGGGAGCGAUGCAGUUUUGAUGAUGCGCGCCCCAUUUCCUGGCUGCUGCGACAAGAUGCCGGCCGUGCCGUACUACGAGGCUGUCUUUUUCCGCUGUGUGCGGGAGAUGAAUAUGGCGCUGGAGCGGGUGCCACAGCAGCAGGCCGCUGGCGCGGCCUUCGUUGUAUUCAAAGACGCACUGUGCGCACACGAAUUCCGACAGCUCUUCACAGCUCGCUUUGGCGGUCUCUUCUCGCCCUUGACCGCCACCAUUGCCGGGCCGCCGGGCCGCAUCUUCCAGAGCAGUCUCACCACCGGCCGCUGCGUGCUCUGGGUGCGCUUUUUCCUCAUCUUUGUGCUGUACGUCUUUCUGAUCCUGACCUGGUCCAUUCCGAUCAGUAUCCUGGGCUCGCUGGAGCAGCUGUCAACCAUCUCAAGCAUCACGGUGCUGCGCAAGUACGCCGAGCUGCCGAAGUGGUUGCGGUCGUUGCUCAAUGCCUACCUGCCCGUCGGUGCCCUCGCCCUCCUCAACGUUGCCCUGCCGCACAUCAUUCGUUUCUUGGUCCGCGCGAUGGGCGCCUUCAACCGCGCCGAGUGCGACGGCGGCCAGCUCUACCUGCAGUACGUCUUCAUGGUCGUGACAGCCGUUAUCUUUCAGGCUGCCUUCCAAGGUGCCGUGAGCCGCCUCGCAGACAUCCUUGCCAAGCCCGACCAGGACGCCAUCAUCAACUUUUUUGUCUCCUGCAUCUCGCCAAGCAACGGCUACUUCUACGCCAAGGUCAUCACUGCCACAUGCCUCUCCACGUGGGUCGACAUGCUUGACCCAGUAGGAAUUUUGAAAGCUCUGCUCCUCCGCGGUCGGGCGCAUGUCCAGCGCAACUACGAUGCCCUCUUUCUCCCUUGUGAGUUUGAGUUCCCGCGGCUGCUCAGCUUCGACUUGAUGGUGCUCUCCAUGGGGCUCCUCUACCACAUGACAGCGCCGCUGCUGGGCCUCCUCGUUGUCUGCUACUUCUUUGUACGCUACUGGAGUCAGCGCGCGAAGCAGUACGACCGCUACCGCCCCACUCUGUCGCCGGCGCACGACUGCACCGACUUUGGCAUGGCGGCGCAGGUUAUCCGCUGCGUCAUGUGGCUGUACUGCUUUGCCGAGACGUGCGGCGUGCUUCUCAUGAGCCUCCGCGGUCACAAGGGCGGUGUUGUGAUGUGCUCGCUGGCGCUGAGCACCGGUGUGGUGCUGACGGUUUACGUCUACGUGCAGACCGACAAGUGGACGGCGUCGCUGGCGAAUGCGCGACACUUUACGCGGGACGCCAACCGCCUCCGCAGCCACCACGCGGGGCCGCAGGCGACGUCGGCGCUGACAAUUACGACGCCAUGGCGCCGUUGCCCGGCCAAACGUGCCACGGCGGCGUCUGGCGGCAGCACAGACACGAACGACCGCGCCUCACCUCUCUUUGCAUCGGCUGGCGCUGCAGCCCCUCCCUCUCAGCUGCAUGAUGACUCUGACAACCCGUACAUGACCGAAGCUGACGCAGUGGAGCAGCGAUGCAGCCCCAACACCCGCAACAGCGUGGUGCAGGAGGAGGGCGCCCUCGACAGCUACGAGCGCGUCACGCUAAACCAGCUUCUCUUCGACGCCACGCGGAACCCCUUCCUGAGUCACCUCCUGCCCCGUAAGCCCGGCAUGACCAUGCGCUACCAGCCGAAGCAUCAGCGGCUCGCCAUCAUCAACGCCGCAGCUGAGCUGCGAGCGAUGAAAGGCACAGACUUCGUGGUGGAGCGGUACUGGGACCGCGGGAUGACAUGGUUUGAGGAGGAUGCGUAUGCGUACAGGGGCUCCGUCGGCAUGGACGAGGAGUACGACGGCGAGGACGGGAACGACGACAUGGCGAAUCACGACAACAACGAACCCAAUCAAGGCAGGGGAGACGCGCUCCAGGCAAAGCGCACACAGCUGAUGGACUGCCAUGGUGUGUCGCUAGCACAGCCCUCACCCGCGGUGCCGCCAAGCGUGAACGUUGGGCUGCACAUGGGUGCUGCGGUGUCCAUGACCGAUCUUUCCACCCUUGCGCCAGACACCACUGGGCCGAAGACGGCUGCUGGGGUGAUAAAUGUGCCCGUGGCGGCCACAGCGGAGAAUGAGCGACACGGCGAGGUAAAUCCCACGUCGAUCCACGUGAGCAUGCCUACGAUGGUGACAACCGAGCCGCAGCCAGGCCUCCACCCUUCCGCCACUGAGCAACCUCAAGGCGCAGCAAAGCGAUGA